GUACUAGGCAGGAUGGACGCGUUGAACAUUCAACUGUAAGGUAAGGUUCAACGCAGGCAGCUAGCUCCCGGUCGUCAUCCGCCUUAUUAUAUUGUACCUGCUCAAUUCCAGCAAACAAAUACAACUUCAUCAAUUACCAAACGACGGCACCGCCAGGAACCAUUAUCGGACAUCCUACAACACUACGGAUCCGGCGAUUCAACACCGAGUCGCCUUAAAGUCACAUUUCUAUAUUUUCCACCCAAGUAAAAGCACGAUCGCACCGAGCUAGCCAGUAUGCCUGGCUUCGACUUUUCAAACUACAAUCGCAACGCGGCUCUGCACGCACGAGGUGUUCCACUACCAAAGGCGACCAGUACGGGUACAACCAUUGUCGGCUGCAUAUUCGACGGGGGUGUUGUGAUUGCUGCUGAUACCCGAGCUACCAGCGGUCCUAUCGUCGCCGACAAGAACUGCGAAAAGCUUCAUUACAUCUCUCCCCAGAUUUGGUGUGCUGGUGCAGGUACCGCCGCCGAUACCGAGUUCACGACCGCCCUCAUUUCUUCCCAACUCGAGCUACACUCUCUCUCCACCGGUCGAAAGCCUCGUGUCGUUACUUGCAUGACUCUUCUCAAGCAACACCUCUUCCGAUAUCAAGGUUAUAUCGGAGCCUACCUAGUAGUUGCUGGUGUCGAUCCUACAGGAACUCACCUAUUUACCGUCCACGCCCACGGUAGCACAGACAAGCUUCCUUACGUAACCAUGGGUUCGGGAUCACUCGCCGCCAUGUCCGUUUUUGAAUCUCAAUGGAAGCCCAACUGUACCAAGGAAGAGGCCAUGGAGCUUUGCUCUCAAGCUAUCCAGGCUGGUAUCUUCAACGAUUUGGGUUCAGGUUCCAAUGUCGAUCUAGCAGUCAUCACAGCAGAUAAGACAACUCUACACCGUGGUUUCAUUAAGCCGAACGAGCGUAGCCAGAAGUUGAAGAACUACAAGUUCAAGCGUGGCACUACAGCAGUGCUCAACGAGAAAAUUAUUACCAAGGAUGAGAUUGGAAAAUACGUCAGCGUGCAAGAAUUGGAGUCAGGCGAGGGAGAGGGUAUGGAGAUUGAUACGUAAAAGAUAUGAGGAGGGGCUUUAGGAUGGAGAACCGGCGAUGAUUCUCUGUACCAACACAAUGAUAAUUUAAGAAGACUAUCCCUCCAAAACGGAGAACUCGGCAAGCCUCUCAUGAUCCAAGAUCCUAGUGAUUUUUUACAUCAGUAUAGUCUAACUAUAUUGGUUCUGUUACUAUGAACUUGGAUUCCAAUUACUAGACUCUCAGCAGCCACAAAAUACAUGAAUGCUGUUCAAUAAAGCCAAUCCCGGCCAAUCGGUCUUCCCAUCUAUUUGUACUUGACCCUUCAAUUUUCUAGCUUCGUAUCCUCGGAGCUUCACUACCCAAAUACAGGUAUGUCUAAGUAAGUAUUCUGUAUCUCCUCAAUCGAUU